AUGGCGAGCAAUUCUAUCAAGCUGUUGACCGGCAACAGUCACCCGGAGCUGGCGCAGCUGGUCGCAGACAGACUAGGGAUUGAGUUGACAAAGAUUAUGGUCUUGCAGUAUUCCAAUCAAGAGACCAGCGUGACCAUCGGCGAGAGUGUUCGAGAUGAAGAUGUGUUUAUCCUGCAAUCUACGAAACCGAAUGAUAUCAAUGAUGGCUUGAUGGAGCUCCUUAUCAUGAUCAACGCCUGCAAGACUGCGUCGGCACGACGUAUAACUGCUGUCAUCCCCAAUUUCCCAUAUGCUCGACAGGAUAAGAAGGACAAGAGCCGUGCGCCAAUUACUGCAAAGUUGAUGGCCAACAUGCUGCAGACCGCUGGCUGUAACCAUGUCAUCACCAUGGACCUCCACGCAAGUCAGAUCCAAGGUUUCUUCAACGUACCUGUUGACAACCUCUACGCCGAGCCCAGCAUGCUCAGAUGGAUCCGCCAGAACCUGGACAUCAAGAACUGUGUUAUUGUCAGCCCUGAUGCCGGUGGCGCAAAGAGAGCAACAGCCAUAGCCGAUCGACUCGACCUCCAAUUUGCCUUGAUCCACAAGGAGCGUCCAAGACCAAAUGAGGUAUCUCGUAUGGUUCUUGUUGGGAGUGUUGAGGGUAAAAUCGCUAUCAUUGUCGACGACAUGGCCGAUACGUGUGGAACUCUGGUCAAGGCUGCCGACACCCUAAUGGGCCACGGAGCAAAAGAGGUUGUUGCCAUUGUCACCCACGGUAUCUUAAGCGGAAAAGCUAUCGAGACACUGAACAAUGGUCGACUAAGUCGAAUCGUGGUCACAAACACCGUUCCCCUCAACGAAAAGAAGGACCAAUGUUCGAAAAUUGAGACUAUUGAUAUCAGUCCUGUUUUGGCUGAGGCCUGUAGGAGAACUCACAACGGUGAAUCCGUUAGCUUUUUGUUCUCGCACGCUGUCUCCUAA